AUGACGGCCAUGCUCACCGAUCAAAUUGGCCGUCGACCACUCACCGUCUAUCCAUAUGCGGUUACGACUGUAUCAGUGUUAUGCCUUGGAAUAAUCGGCUGCUUUGAUUAUACUCAGAAGUCUACCAGCUCGCUUUUAGUCUUCUUCGCCUGUCUCGCUACAUUCUCGACCACCGGUGCCUCGUCAAUUGGUUACGCCUACGCUGCGGAAAUUCCCCAGCAACGCCUGCGCGCUCAAACGGCAGGCUUGUCUCUUGCAUCGUCCAAUUUAAUCGCGCUCAUGUUCAGCUUCUGCACGCCCCUGAUGAUCAACGGACCCCUCACCAAAUGGGGUGUCAAAACAGGAUUCUUCUUCGCGGGAACUGGUACGGUUGCUGUUAUCAUCGCCUGGUUUAUCCUCCCGGAGGUUACACGUCGGACACCUGCCGAGAUCGAUGAGAUGUUUGAGAAGAAGGUUAAUCUUCGCAAGUUCAAGCAUUAUGUUACUGACGUUCAGACCCAUGCUGCCGAGCAACACGAGAUGGAAGCACACACGCAUACAGCGUAG